UGACGAGAAGUUGAACAUCUUCAGUCAAGAAAUGAUAAUUGCAUUUCUAUUAUUUUUCUGUGUUUCAUGAAACAGUACAUUUGAAAACUUAUGGAUGAUUUGGUUGUCUUCUAUUACGGUGGUCCCCAACCCCCGGGCCGCGGGUCAUUUGGUACCGGGGCCACGCAGAAAGAAAAAAUAAUUUCCAUUAUUUCAUUUAUUUUAAUGUUUUAUUUUGAAAAGUGGCCGGAUUCUCUCUGUUCCAUCCAUCUCACUUGACGCAUGUCCAUUGUGCGUGUGCUAACUUUAUCUCAUGCCGCACAGAUAGACUACUAUACUGUAUUUUUACCAUUUUUCUUUCACCUCAUAUUUGGUCUCAAAUGCUGAUACUAUGUGGGAAUACAUAAAGGUAAGUUUUGAUGACUUAUUGAGUGCUAAUGUGCACAUUUGUCUCAAGUUAAUUCAUGCUAGCACACUGCCUUGUACCACACAUGUCAAACAGCGAUGUAAUAAUCUCUCUGGAAAAACUUGCCUGGAACUUGAACUGGUGGAUGGUAUAGGUUGGGGACCACUGGUCUAUUACGUUUGUUCAGCCCUGUAGGUCAACAUAUGCGUACUAUGCUAUGCUUUGUUACCUUCUUUGUAAUGUUCUGAUGUGGUCUUAAAGUCUUUUACUGUAAUUUUAGACUGUAUAAGAAUUUAAAAAAGCAGCUGUUUGCUACAAAUGGCCCCCUGGCCACAUUUUGGACACCACUGGCAUAUUGUCUCUGGUCAUGAUGACUGGAGCUGACAGUUUGAUGCAAGGUGUGCUUGCUUAAACGAAAGAAACCAAAGUACCUGUUGAGUACAUCUCCAUUUGAAGAACUGACAGUUAGUGAUGACUCACUUAAUGCAGGUGUUUAAGUAAAUGAACUGCAUUUCAGCUUCAAGUGUUACAUAAAUCAACAUAUUGUGUUCAGCGCGUGUGCGUGUGUGUGCGUGUGCAUGAAUUGUCAACAUUCCUUUUCUUGGAAAUGCUUUCAAAGGAAUUUUCUGAAAUGGAGAAAUGGGCAGCAGGGAAUUGAAAAGUAGCAAUAAAACUACACUAAACGGGGCCAGACUAGGACAUCCGUGAAUAAUCCUGGCUGUAAAUUUUCUGCUUCAGCAGUAGAAUGAACCCCGUAAUUUAUGAGAUGUUUGGGAUAAGGGUAGUAAUGCCCAUUAGCUUCAGCAUCUGGCAGACUGUUUAUGGUAACUAACAGGGAGCAUCAAGUUCAUCCGAGGCACUGAUUUAUACGUGAUAUAUUAUUUUACACGUCUGGCAACUUCCAUUCUUUUGUGAAUCAACUUUUGACACAAGGUUUCAUUUCAUCGCAGCGCUCUUGAAAUGAUUUAAUUUAGCCUUUUAUAACAGUGGCGUCAUAAAAACAGAUUUUGAAACAUUUGAGCUGUAAGUUCAGCAAAGCACAAUACGGUACAGGUGGAGUAUAUUCUUGUUUUUGACACUGUUGGGGAGGUAUUCAUAUAACCAUGACCGUUGUUGCAAUUUACAGUCCAACUAAUUCAAUGUUUUGACUAACAUGUUAUUACCGUGUGAUUCUGCACGUCUGCAACUACAACCACAACCUCAUCAUCUCUUCAGAUAAACAAGAAGUGCAAUUCUAAAAGAUUUUAAUGGCUUUUUUUCCCCUCAUUAACUCAGUAGGUAAGAAGUGCCAUUUGUUCUGUCGACCACCCCACUGCAUGGGCCAAUAUUUCAAAUCGGGCAUGAUACUCCUCCCAGUGCGCUUUCCUGUCAUACCUGUGCGUCUGCACUGGGGGAGGAAUUCAAGCACGCAACACAACGAGCUGCAGCGGUGAUACAGUAUGCCGUCUCUCUUCUUAUGGCACGCGCUUCUCCCGCAGAUAUCUGCAGCCGUGCGUCCCGCUCCUAGUCAGGGCACCCUGCCAUUUCCUGAGCCACGGACGGCAUGUUAAGUCCACACGAUGUCCUUCCCCCCUCCUGCUCAAGCUUGACAGAUUCACCCAGAAACAUGGCACGCACCUUGUGGCGGCGUAGCAAGCAACAGCACAGACAACAUCGGGUCGUUCGUAUGUUUUUUUUUUUGCAGGCGAAGACCUGCAACCCUCUGAAAAUGGGUCUGCGCCCCACCAGUUGAAAAUCUCUGCAUUUGAUUAAACCAGUGCUUCUCCGAUAGUGGGGCGGUCCACCUGGGGGGGACACUGUGAACUGUCAGGGGUGGCAUGAGAGGAGUUUCAAGAUUAGCGCAGACCUGCCAACAUGUAUGAAUUUGUUGUACUCGGCAUGUAAUUUGACUCGUAUGCUUCACUGCUCUCCAUUUUGUUGCAUUUCGCUGGUUCCACUUUCAAGUUCGGUCUGCACAGUACAGAUAAAUGAUUAGAUGUUAUCAGUUUCUCAAUCGUAUUUCAAGUCGGGGGUGCGUGAAAACAUUUCUGGCCCUCAGUGGGGGCAUGACAGAAUAUAUUUGAGAACCACUGGAUUAUGCAAACACUUCAAUCCGAUCAUUCAUUGGAGGGAUUGGGAAAUAACAAAUCAUCUGUAUACUUCUUCUCAAUUUCUUUUUGGUUUAAUGCAAACUACAUAGAAUUUACAAUUAAGGUUGAAUAAUUCCGAAUGCAAUUGUAUCCAUUACAUUUCCUUUAUUCAAUGGAAUGUCGUCAGGGGCUUCUUAUCCAUGUUUAUCACUGAAGGCAGUCACACUUGUGACUGAUCGUUAAAUGUGUUACGCCCACUUGGCUGCUUGGGGUGAUAAAUGCAACACGAAUGCUAACAACCUUGCCGCUACACAUUUCAAGUGUAGGAAUCAUGUGCCUGACGAAAGGUUCCCGGAGGAGAUUGGCUGGACUCAGUCAAGCUUUUUCUUCUUCUUGGUUGUCCAGGUCAACUAUUCACAUUCAGCGGCAUGGACUUCAAAACAUCCACACUCAGCCAGGCAUUUCUAUGAAUAGUAAGCAGUAAACAUUUUUACUGACUAAUGUGGCAUGCCUGGUGCAUGAUAUCACUGCACGCUUCAGCUGAUGGAUGACAUAACUGCAAUACUGUACAUUCACAUAUAAAAUCCCUUGUGUUCCCAAAGGUCAGAUGAAAAACCAAAUACAUUUUUCCCGUAAGAAUUAAUGUCUCGGAAUGUCCGCUUGGGCAUCUGUGUGGAGUUUGUGUGUUCUCCCCGUGUGUCCGUGGGUUUUCUCCGGGUACUCCGGUUUUCUCCCACAUUCCAUAAACAUUCAUGUCAGAUUGAUUGGCCACUCUACUCUGAAUGGUCGUUUGUCUAUAUGUGGCCUGCGAUUGGCUGGCGACCAGUGAUAUUAUGGUAUCCAGGACAACAUAGUGUUUACUAUUAAAAAGAAAAGAUACUAAAUAUUUGUUUAACGAGAUCUGACAUUUAGUAGCAUUAAGUUAAUGUUAUAAUUGUACGGGACAGUGAGAGGGUUUGGUAAUGGUAAUGGUGUAUUUGUUUCGGACUUAACAAGUUACAGGAUGUGUUUACACCUGCGCAAUUCAGCAUGUCCGAAAAGGAGUCGGAAGAAGCAGAGCUUAUUUAAUCCUACCCUUUCUCCAUCUCUCAGUAAUUACUGAUAGUUUGUUAAAUAGAGACAUUCCUACAUGGAAAAUAAAUGAAGAUGAAGAGAUUAAAGACAAAUGAAUAAAUAAAUACAGGAAUAAAAACAAGCUCUAUAAAUAAGUGUAGGAUAUGUAACAUAACGUAUUGUAGCGUCGCCGGGAGCACUUCCUGCUUCCCAGCGUGCUUUGCUAGACUGUUUUGUAAAUAGCUAAUAAAGCUACACGCUUGGAGCUCACGCAGUUGUUGUUUAUUAUCCUCCACCAGUCGUGGUGGGUGUGUUGUAUAUUUGUUAUCUGCCUGCUGCGUGUUAAGUUUCUGUGUGACGAUUUUAGCUUUCUUUUCUUUUACGACAACCAUAAGUCAGACGGCUAUGUUGAGUGAUGACCUCCUCUGAUUUCUGAUGGGUUGACGGGCUCAUUGUGAGUUCCCUUGUAGUUCUCGACUAUUUCCUGCCAAAUUAAGAGUUACUUCUUCCUCACUGACUCGUGAGCGCCACAAUAUUAAGUAAUGAUAGUUGAAUGAAAUUCUCCUCUCUUGAUAAAAAUAAUUAAUUAUCGGUGAGGUUGUUUGCUUUGUGCAUAAUUUUAGUGUUUGAAAUCCAGAUCAGUGGAUUUCUAUAUACAUGUAUGUGUUUGAAGGACUGCAUGGUUUGUGGGUUAUCCUUCAUUGUAGUGAACCUGCAGCCAUGUGCCUACAACCUGUGGGUGCGUGCCACACACCAUACGAGUUCUGCUUGUGCAAACACUCGCCCCCCUUUUUUCUUCACGGUCAUCAGUGUGGUUGGUGUGGUAGGCACACAAUUUCCUCGCGGAUUAGCGUGGAUUUGGGCUGCUAACGACUUAUUCCAGUAUUCAGCGUUCUGUGAGUCCUCAACUGCUGUUUGGUGAAUACUUUCACGCCCGUUUUCUCCUCGCAACAACUUAUUUGAGGCUGUGUGCAGCCUCCUUGCUCCAUAUUGGGGUUUGCUCUUCUCAUUCUUUGACUAACGCUUGACUGUGCUCGCGCAGGACAGUCUCCGCCAUCGCGAGUGGUUGCCAACGACACAUUUCAAAGAUGAAAAAUGACAGCUGUUGCUCCAAUUUGUUUAUUUUUUUAAAUGGAUAAGUGUUAAUAUGUCAAAGUUGCACAACGUUGAUAAAUGAAAAAGCUAGUAGGGUAUAGUUAGCAUGAUAAUCGGUGUCAACUUGUGCAUAUUAGCGGCAACAGUGUUGCUUUUGGCAGUCGUCAUUUAUUUACACUGGCUGAGACUUGACGAAGCGCCUUGAUAACAACCGUCACAGUAUCCGUUUAACUUUGUUUGGGGAACUUAGGUUUUGUCGAGUUGCAUCUUGAGCACAAAGCCCGGGUUUGUUGAGCCACUUUGGCAGUAUACCCCCUCUUGCUUGAGCAGUGUCACAUUAAAUGUGUUCCCUAAGGAACCUUAGUUCAUUUGGUUAGUUCCUUUAGCCAUUUCAUGCUUGAAAAUGCUGAAUUUAGAAUAAGAAUACACUCGAUGUACUCUGUUAAUAAAAAACCUCUGUAAAACACAGCGUGCAGAGCCGUCCAAAACAACAUUUAUAGGUCAGAAAAGAGGAAAAGCAUAACAGGUCCCUGUUAAAAAAAAAAAAAAAAAAAAAAAGGCCUUUUCAGACGGGGAGUUUGUCAAAGAAGCAAUGAUGCUAAUUGAUAAAACUGUACCUGAAGACGAGAAUGGAACCGGUGUUCAACUGGGGGCAACUACAGUAGUAAAAAGAGUGUCGGCAGCGUUUUACAUGAUUUAUUAUUUGUACAAACAUGGUGCGAAGUAGGGCCGCACGGUGGUUAGCAUGUUGGCCGCACAGUCAGGAGAUCGGGAAGACCUGUGUUCGAAUCUCUGUGUGGAGUUUGCAUGUUCUCCCCGUGCAUGUGUGGGUUUCCUUCGGGUACUCCAGUUUCCUCCCACAUUCCAAAAACAUGCAUGUUAGGUUAAUUGGCGACUCUAAAUUGUCCAUAGGUGUUAAUGUGAGCGUGAAUGGUUGUUUGUCUGCCGACCAGUCCAGUUCAGGGUGUACCCUGCCUCUCACUCGAAGUCAGCUGGGAUAGGCUCCAGCGUACCCCUGCAAUCCUAAUGAGGAAAAGCGCCAUAGAAGAUGGAUGGAUGGUGCAAAGUAAUUCAUGAUUUGUGAUAAAAUGUUAAUGGCUAGUGAAAAUGGGACAUUGUGAUUUCCUGUAACAGUUGUAGAAGUGAUCAUUUGAAAAUAUUCAAUCUGAAAAACACUUGCACUUAAACAAUGAAAUAAAGGCUUGCAUAUUGAUUUUUAUCUAUAUUUAUUUUUUCCUUUCUUAUUAAGUAAUUGUUGACAUUUAUUAUGAGAAAUAUGAACACCCGGUACCCAAGAAGUAGCUCUCUAUUUCAAAACGUUUGAGACCCCUGCUUUAAACGUUUCACUCGAGUACAUUUUGUCCCCCUGUCAGAGCAGUAGCUCACGCAAGUCACAGCAGACUGCAGACUGGGUUUAUAGGCCUCCAGACACCAUGUAAAUUGAGGAAUGUGUGGUAUUAGGUGAUCAACAUGCCAUUUUUUCAUCAUUUCUGUGACAUACGACUGGUUAAUAUCAUUCACAAAACUCGAAAAGUGAAUCAGAGAUCUCCAAAGUAUGCUUCCAGAAGCUCCCUUCAAGUCCAAAGCAUAUUUCGACUAUAUUUUCAAAUGAUCUAGUUUGUGUUUGUGUUUAUUAUGCUUUCAGAGUGAGCACACACACAACACAGAGUGUGCACAAUUAUUAGGGAAGUCAGUAUUUUGACCAUAUUGUCCUUUUUAUGCAUAUUUUCCAACCCCAAGCUGAAUAAACCUUAAUGCUUUUUGGGUGUAAGCAUACCAGGUGAUGUGCAUGUGUGUACUGAGGGACUGGACCCCAAUAGAGGACCCCAGCUACACAAUAACCAGCACAGAAAGCUUUCUAGAUCUUCCAGACUCUGCACCUCUUCCUGCAGUGUUUCCUGCCUCCCGCCCAAACGUUCUGUGUAAUUUACUCCACUCCCGGCCCUCCUGCAGGUACGCGUCCCGCCGAGCUCACUCUGCUGUGAUCGGUCACACUCCCAAGAGCUCCUGAGCACAUCCGGACAGCUGCCGAACCCCUUUUGUCCGAUGACUUACACAAAAUAAACACAGUUAGGACAGUGAUGAAUUGUUACUUGCAGCUUGCUCUUCUGACUCUUCAACACGACCAAAUAACGUUGGAAAGGCGUUCGACUUCAGCAACAGUUUGGCGGCUAGUCCAGCUUCGUAUUGGCCCAAGUUCCCAAAACAGUGCAUAAUAGGUCCCCUUAAAAAGUAAUGACAUGACCUCCUUGCUCACCUGACCUAAACCCUAUUAAGUACUUGUGGAUCCUUACACGUAAGAGUUACAGUGAAGAAAAAAGGUACACCUCUCUGAACAGUGUCUGGGAGCGUUUGGUUGCUGCCGCACAAAAGGUUGAUGGUCAGAUGAUCAAGAGAUCGACAGACUCCAUGGAUGGAAGGCUUUUCCGUGUUAUUAUUGAAAAGAAGGGUGGCUAUAUUGCUCACUGCAUGGAAUGAUUGAACUGUGCACUGACCAAUGUCGGUUUUAAGACCGAGUGGCACCGCAGCCGCAUGCUGUGUAGAAUGGCUGUCCAACUAUUGCGUGAACGGCAACAAGAAAAGCAACGUCAGACGUGCAAAAGGCAGAACCUAAACAGAAACACAAGCCAGCAUCACGGGGAAGAAUGCACGUUAACUGAGAUGGAUGAUGGGGUGAUUUUAAAAAUCCUUGUCCGAUGCUAAUUUUGAUGUUUACCAUUUUUCACCAUUUUUGUUUUCGAAUCAACAAUUUAAUUCUUUAAUUCUUGCAUUUCGCUGGGUUCAGUUUUGAGUUCGGUCUCAGCGCGUAGCGUGACGUGCACCUCCAAAAACAGCAGCACAGACCGUUGAGGCUGGGAUGAGUCUGCAUGUAAAGCGUCAUUUUUCUGUGUACUGUACACGACUUAUUCAAAGCGCGUACAGCACACAUCUGUGAAUGCCUUCUCCGCCAAUUUUGGAUCAACAUUUGCAAUAAAAAAGGUAUUAAAUGAUUCACGAUUAGGUUCAGCGGCAAUAACACUCUCCAACUCUCUUUUAAUCACCAUUGUUCGCUCGCUGCAAAGGAAGUUAACAAGCUAAAUAGUCAACGAGAGCUGCGGUUGCUUAUAGAACUGACGUCAAGUCACGCGCGUGACUGCAAAAGAGCAACAAAAGCAGGGGUGUCCAAAUUUUGGCCCAGGGACUGGUGGCUCGUAUGCUAAUGGCCCCCUGAACAUAUACUAAUAAAUUCAGAUCUUAAAAAACCCAGCUUAAAUUGGAAAAAUAGAGCAAAAGCAUAAUGUAACGAGAAAAAUUGAAAUGUUGAUAUUAAUAACUAAUAACACAGCUUUUUUUUACUUUUAAUAUUAAAAAACAUAAAUAUAUAAAAAUAAAUCAUCCGUCCAUCCAUCUUCUUCUGCUUAUCCAAGGUCGGGUCGCGGGGGCAGCAGCCUAAGCAGUGAGGCCCAGACUUCCUUCUCCCCGGCCACUUCGUCGAGCUCCUCCCAGCAGAUCCCAAGGCAUUCCCAGGGUAGUUGAGAGACAUAGUCUCUCCAACGUGUCCUGGGUCUUCCCUGAGGCCUUCUACUGGUCGGACGUGCCCUGAACACCUCCCCGGGGAAGCGUCCGGGAGGCAGAUGUCCGAGCCACCUCAUCUGGCUCCUCUCAAUGUGAAGGAGCAGCAGUUUCUCCCAGAUGACAGUGCUUCUCACCUUAUCUCUAAGGGAGAGCAUAGCCACCCUACAGAGAAAAUUCAUUUCGGUCGCUUCUACCCGCCAUCUUGUCCUUUCGAUCACUACCCAAAGCUCAUGACCAUAGGUGAGGGUAGGAACGUACAGUAGAUAGACCAGUAAAUUGAGAGUUUUGCCCCAGCUCUUUCUUCAUCACAACGGACCGAUGCAGAGUCCGCAUCACUGCAGACGUUGCACCACUGCCUGUCGAUCUUGCCUUCCGUCCUUCCCUCACUUGUGAACAAGACCCCGAGGUACUUAAAGUCCUCCACUUGGGGCAGAUCUCAUCCCCGACCCGGAGAUGGCACCCCACCCUUUUUCGGGUGAGAACCAUGGACUCGGAAUCUGAGGUGCUGACUCUCAUCCUGACCGCUUCACACUCUGCUGCGAACCGAUCCAGUGAGAGUUGAAGGUCACGGCUCGAUGAAGCCAGCAGGACCACAUCAUCUGCAAAAAGCAGAGACCCAAACCCCUCAACGCCCUGGCUGCGCCUAGAAAUUCUGUCCAUAAAAAUAAUCAACAGAAUCGGUGACAAAGGGCAGCCCUUUCGGAGUCCAACCCUCACUGGAAACAGGGCCGACUUAUUGCCGGCAAAACGAACCAAACUCUGACAGCGGUCAUACGGAGAACGAACAGCCUGAAUUAGGUGGUCCGGUACCCCUUACUCCCGGAGUACUCCCCACAGAACUCCUUGAGCAACACGGUCGAAUGCCCUCUCCAAAUCACACACGUAGAAUGGUUGGGCAAACUCCCAAGUACCUUCAAGGACCCAAAAACCACACCGCUCCUCCUGAAUCCGAGAUUCAACUAUCCGACAGAACCUCUGACUAGACCUUACCAGGGAGGCUGAGGAGUGUGAUCCCACGAUAGUUGGAACACACCCUUCGGCCCCCCUACCACCACCCCGGUCUGCCAAUUUUUUUGUUUUGUUUAUUUGAUUUUAAAAAUAAAUCAAAUAAGAAAAAUAUAUAUACAAACAUCACAGACCCCUCACCACUACUCCAAUGUGCUGGUGAGAUUGAAUCAGUCGAAGAGCACAUUCACAUGUACAGUAUAUGCAUUGGAGUAAAAAGACCAUUCUGUUCAUUCCAAUAUAUUAAAAAAAAAAAAAAAGGCAAAUAGCUGCAAUACCAUCUCUGUUUGUGACAUUCUGGUGCAAUUGUGUUGGAUUUACAGCUGCCUCUGUUAGGUAUCUGUUAAAAAGAUUUAGCGCUGAUUUCUUGGAAGAUUGUCUAGACAACUGAAGGAAUGAAGAAAUAUUCAGCAGAUCACUUUCAGUACAGUGAUGUCUUUCGGGUCCAUUUUUAUUGCACUUCGGUGAUACAAGCUCAUACACAUAUUUUUGUAGUAGCUUUGUUUUCUUUCUGGACAUAGUUGACAGCAACAAAAGAAUGCGUGAAUGUAUGACAAGAAGUCAAAAUGAGUUUAUUGUAAGGAAUUUGUCUGUCCUGUUUGUAAAGUACAUCUCGGUAAGGUACUUAUGGCCUUAAUCAUAAAUAAUGACAAUACAAUGAAAUUGCUACUGUGAAAUUGUCAAAAAUCUGAACUGUGCAACACACUAAAAUGGAAUAAAUUACAUUUUAAGUGUGUUACCUUUUGCGGUGGAAUGUUUUGUUAGUCUCACUGUAACACCUUUAUUCUCUCUCAUUCUCCUCCUCACUCAGUCACAUAUCCUGCGGUCCUUUCGUCCCCCGUAGCCCCGUGCUGCCUUUUGUAUACUCGGCCUUCCAAGCGUCCACCAUUUGCUGUGAUUGACAAGAUGUUGUGGUGUGCAUUUCAUUGAUGAGAACUUCAGAGCCCUGAGGCUUGUGAGGUUUGAUCCUCGGGUGAUGAGCGCUGUGUCACCCUGCAGCCAUCCGAGGGCAACAGCAGCGGAUCCUUUUCAAAUGGUCUUUCCCUGUCUUCAUCAAACGCACUCUCCAAGAAUCUGCGGGACAGAGACACAGCCGCAGAUAAAACCCCGGAGCUUCAGGAGAAAAUGGGAGGAACUCUGAUCCAUAUGGUGCCACUAUAAAGCUCACCGGUAAUUUGCAGGCUUCAUCAAAACAUCUCCUCAUCACUGCACAUGACUGGGAUCCUUCUCUGACACUUACCGGUGCUCCCAGCGUCUCCUCAAGGCAACCUCCGAGGUACUUCAGUCACAGUUCAGUAGACAUGAGGUUCCUUGGCCAGAUAGUUUUUUUGCUUUUUCUGUGCGAAAUCUCCAAUGGGGCUACAAAAGUUAAAACCAGCAAGAAAUCUACACAUGCGAGCCAAGCAAGCAACGCUGUCCAGCCUUCACCGGUGGCUCACAUCUCGGCUGGAAGCGUUUCAAACAACAGAGCCGCCGGAGGUCCUGGUGGAGGUGAAUCUACACGGGAUGGUGCUGCAGGAGCUCAGGCGGCCAAACAGCCGACAGACGAAAUGAGGCUGCACUUUCUCAAGAACGCACACGUUACAUGUAACGACGGGACACCAGCUGGGUUUUACCUAAAAGAGAACAGAGGAAGCCGCAGAUGGUUGUUAUUUCUGGAAGGGGGCUGGUUCUGCUACAGCAAAGAGACCUGUGAUUCCAGAUACCAAAAUAUCCCUCGACUGAUGAGCUCAUCAGGUUGGCCCCUGACGAAAAGCGGGAGUGGAAUAUUAUCAUCCCAAGUAGCAGAGAAUCCCUACUGGCAUAAUGCAAACAUUAUAUUCAUCCCAUAUUGCUCCAGCGACGUUUGGAGUGGCACUGGGCCCGUCCCGACCCCGGCUCCGAAACCACGACAAGUGAGAGAAAAAGAACGGGGUAGAAACGCAACCGAGAAUGCUUUCAUGGGGUCACUCAUCAUCCGUGAGGUCGUCAAAGACCUCGUCCCGAAAGGAAUGAAGCAGGCCAAGGUUGUCAUGCUCUCUGGCGAGAGCGCUGGGGGCACAGGAGUCUUGCUGAACAUCGAGCGAGUGGCCAGCCAGCUGGAGCAGCUCGGUGCCGAGGCACAGGUUCGGGGUCUUGUGGACUCUGGCUGGUUUCUUGAAAGCAAACACCAGAGGUCACCCAACUGCCCUGAAACAGUUACCUGUUCCCCUGAAGAUGCUAUCAAGGUCGGCCUGAGGAUGUGGAACGGUAUGGUGCCUGAAAGAUGUCGACGCCUCUAUAAGAAAGGCGAGGAGUGGCAGUGCUUCUUUGGCCACAAACUGUAUUCAACAUUAACCUCCCCCCUGUUUGUUGUCCAGUGGCUGUUUGACGAGGAACAGCUAAAGGUGGAAAACAUCUACAUGGGAGGACAGCACAUGAGCGAGGAACAGUGGCAGUACAUCCAAAACCUGGGCAGGGAGCUGAAGAACUCCCUCAGAGAUGUCACAGCGGUUUUCGCCCCUUCCUGCCUCUCCCACACAGCGAUUACCAAAAGCAACUGGAUGACUUUCCAAGUUAAAGGCACGUCUCUUCCACGGGCCCUGCACUGCUGGGACAGAAGUCUGGAAGCCACUCGCAACAACAGAACUCCAUCCAAAGGCUGUCCAUUCCACCUGGUGGACAGCUGCCAGUGGCCUCAGUGUAACCCCACCUGUCCCGCCUUGGUGAACGAGGCAACGCAGCAGAAGCUCACCUUACCCCAGAUCCUGGUAGCCAUGGGUCUUGACCUCCGGAAGCUGGGCUUGAAUCCUCAAGGAGACGUAAACGUCCUGGCGAGCGUGGUCAGCAAUGGCGGCUAACAUUAAAAGCAGAGAAGAGAAGCAGAAGGUUUUUUGAGGCAGGUGAUUCAUUUUUAUGUAAGCAUUGAAAUCAUGAAGAAGAAUCAGGUUAGUAUGGGUUGCUCCUUUAUGCUCACCUGGCUGUGUCUCCCAGCCUCUGUAUCUGAGUGGUUUGGGUCGCUCUCCACUGGACACUAAAGGCUAUCCGGUAUCUUUAGGUCUCAAAGCAUUUUAAGUUGCACAGGGUAAAUGUUUUUGAUUUCUGUAGCAAUGGGUAAAGAUAGCAACACACUUUAAUCUUGAUUGCACAUGCGAAUGGAGCGGAGUGUGGUGGUAAUGAGUACCACAGGCUCCUGCAAAACGUCCGAAUCACCACGCCACAUAGAAAACAUUUUGCAUUUUUCAUAUUUUAUUUUUUUAUUAGUUUGCCAUUAAUAUGUAUUUAUAUAAUUCCCACCUUGUCUUUUGUUAACUUAGUCAGGGAUCUGUUACAGUUUGACACAUUUGCAUUGAAUUUAUUUUCCAUUUGUUCUAGCGACGUAAUAUUGCUACCAGUUCUGCUGACUCUAAACUUUACUCAUACAGACAAAUUCAUUUGUUUUCCCUACUUGACCUUUUCUUUAGCCCAUUAGACUAUACUCCCAUAUUUAUACACACAUUUUACUACAUGUAAUUUGAAGGUAUGAUUCGCUAUUGAGUUUCCUAUGGGCAAACAAGAGAAUAUCUCUUUAUAUUUGUUGUCUAUG